AUGAAUAAUUCAACUGUUGGUUCGAUGUCCACCUCAGCUGUACUGCUCAGUUCUACGGUGACACGAUAUGUGUACAAUAUCUUACCAAUAUCAUUUCUUAUCCUUGGUAGCAUUGGAUUUCUCGGCAAUAUUCUCGCCUAUUCGCAACGUGAACUUCGUUCAAAUACAUGUUGCGUUUAUCUUCUGUGUGGGUCAAUCGUAGACAUGUUAAAUCUGUUCGUGAAUCUGUUACCACGUUUUCUCAAUACGAUGAAUGGAAUCUACAUACCUUGGUUAAGAUUACCUUCUUUUUGCAAAUUCUACAUAUCCAUCCUUGGCUUCUUGCCACAUUUAUCCAUCAAUUUUCUGCUCAUGUCCAUCAUUGACCGGUAUGCUUUGACUUGCAAUCUGGGAUCACCCAUUCGUCGUAUCAAUCGCCUAACAAUGGCUCCUGUGUUUGUUCUUCUUGCUAUUUUCACUAGUGGUUUGACUACUAUACGCACUAUUGUACUGUAUGAGUAUCGAAGUACACAGGGAUGUACAGCAACACAUCCGUUGACGAACAACAUUCUGUAUGUUAUCAUAAAUGGAGUGAUGCAACCAGUAAUCAUGUUCAUCUUUGUUAUGUUAACUUUUCAAAAUAUCAAACAGAGCCGUAAACGAGUGGGAGGAGCAACAGGUACGAUCAAUACCCGUCGUUCUCGAAGACAAUUCGUCACGAUGAUCUUCACACAAAUCGUCGCCACAGGUGUGAUUUCAUUACAAUGGAUAGUUAUGUUCUCACUGAACGGCUUCGUGUUCAGUAGUAUACAGAAUUAUGGAAUGGCAUCCGUAGUAUCAUUUGCUUACACCGUUUCGAACUAUGGCUUCUAUCUCAACAGUGUCAAAGCAUUCUACAUAGCGUUAUUCACUUCACGUCUAUUUCGAGAAAACUUUGUUUUUGCACUGAUGAAAAUGUUACCUCGUCGUAUACGUCAACAAUUUCAAAUAUCGCAAGCAAACGUUGCAUUUGCAAUUGGUACAGUAACCAAUCAAGUGAAUCCCAGAAGUCUACUAAUGACUAGAAGAAACUGA